ACCUUGACCGAUGCCAGCACUUGUUGUCCCCGACUCUCAGCCAACGAUGUCGACGCCCAGCUCGCCGCCGCGGCGCCGUCUCUCGUCAGCGACCGAAGACCAGCGCAGCAAGGAGGAGCUAAUCAAUGCGUACGAGGCGGAGGAAGAGCGCAUCAUCAAUACGCUGUCGCGCAAGCUUGAGAGGCUGCGCGAGGAGAAGAUUGACCUGGAGAAUGCGCUCGAGGCGGAAUCCGAAUCGCAUGUGAACAAGCUCAUGCGCGAGCUGACAGCGCUGCGUCUCGCGCAGCAGCAAGCGACGAACGGGUCCGCGCCACUGCCUGCAAACAAUGCUUUGGGCACACAGUCCUUCAUGUCUGGGCAGGGUCCGAGCGCGGAUGCCAUGCUCGAAGCCAUGCGCCGCGAGAACGAGCAGCUGCGCCACCGCCUCGCCGACGUUGAGCGCGACUUUGUGCGCAUCUCGCGCCUGAACGAGAUCUAUAGGGAGGAGCUCAUCGAGCACAGGAAUAGGCUGGGCAUCCCUGUGGAUAACCUCAUUGGACUUGCUUCGUCUGACCCCUACUCGCAACCGCUCCAUCGUCGGAAAUCCAGCGUAUCCUCGCCUUCUGCGCCCGCACCAGGCGCAAACCCGCAGCAUUCCGCGCGCACAGUACCCAUACCGCGUCCGCCAUCGCAGAUCCAUCGCCCGGCGAACGUGCCCUCGGAAAGCUCUACCCCGCUCUCGUACUCCCCUUCCUCUCCUGAUUCCCCGUAUACCUUUUCACCUCUGCACACCAAUCCCGCAAGCUUCAUGAGCAACACAACAAACAUGACGAGCCCGCCGUCCUUCACGGUGCCGCAUAAUUGGGGUGCAACGCCCGGGACAGCGACAGCCAGUUCGAGUCUCACAUACCCCUCUGUGCCGCCACCCUCCCUCUCGAGCUCCUUCGGAUCUCCGACAGCAUCCUAUCUGCCCUCUCGCGAGCGUGACCCUUCGCGCUCGCCUGGAUUGAGCCGCCGUAGCUCAAGCGCGUUCCGUGGGCGAGUCGCCGAGACAGGGAGUUUGGCAGAUAUCAGCCGCAGCCAUAGCCAGAGCAGGAGGAGCAGCGUCGACCAGGGGCACGCUCGCAACGACUCUGCGACCGAGCGUCGAGUAAGCCAAGGUCUGCCCUCGACAUCGGAAGCGCCGGACGAGCUCGAAGGUGUCACUAUGGACGGCGUCGGAUCUUGAAUCAGAGGUUUUUUACGCUAUCGAAAUUCUUUCCGAAGCUCUUCAUCCCCCAAUGUACAUUAUUGACUUCGUGUCUUCCUUCUUGCAUCCCAUUCCCGUGGACUCGCUGUACUUCACGCUCUGCUAUUGUAUUCUUAAAUAGGCAAUCGCUUAUGUUGAGUCACGAUGA